UGUAAACAAGAAUGUGUAGGCAGAGAUUUGCCUGGUUUUUGAUUUUCGUCGUUCACUUUUGUUACACAGGUUCAGUGGUUGUAAGAGCCAACGUGCUGAGUUCCAGUGCUAACGAUUUUAACGCUUUGCCAGAAAGUGAAACAUUACCCCCGAUGCAGGCGGGUGCAGAACCUGGGCAAAUUAAAUUUGGACCGUAUUUUGAUGCAUCGACUCCGCGAAACGUAACAGCACUCGUCGGAAAAUCGGCUUAUCUCACUUGUCGAGUUCGCAAUUUGGGAAAUAAAACGGUGUCUUGGAUUCGUCACCGAGACAUCCACAUUUUGACAGUUGGCAGCUACACUUAUACCAGCGACCAGAGAUUCCAGGCGAAUCACCACGCUGAAACCGAUGAGUGGACUUUGCAGGUGAAAUGGGCGCAAAAGCGAGACGCCGGUAUUUACGAGUGUCAGAUCAGUACCCAGCCGGUCAGAAGCUAUUUUGUCAACUUGAACGUAGUGGAGGCUUUGGCUGGGGAUGAGCCAGCCAGAGAAGAGGGCUAUAAAACAUUAAAAGAAAUGCAAAGAACAAUGGGUUCAGUGCCUACCGCUCAGAUUUUGGGGGGGCCCGAUUUACAUGUCGAUAAGGGAAGCACCAUAAACCUGACUUGCUCAAUCCGAUUCAGCCCCGAACCCCCGGCAUACAUUUUUUGGUACCAUCAGGAUGACGUGAGUUCAUUAAAGAACCUUAAAAAAACAGUUAUAAGUUACGAUUCAAGCCGCGGCGGUGUAAGCGUUUUGACUGAAAAAGGUGACGUAACCACCUCUUUCCUCUUGAUUCAACAGGCAGCUCUUUCUGAUUCUGGAAAAUACUCAUGCAGUCCAUCUAACGCCGAUGUGGCAAGUGUCAGAGUGCACGUCCUGAACGGUGAAAGGCCAGCAGCCAUGCAGACUGGAUCAGCGGGACUCUCCAAUAGUUCUUGGACAAUAGGAUUAGUCCUGAUCCUCUCCUAUCUUUACACAAGGUGCAUCGUGAAAAGUUUCGGUAUAUGCUGAAAUUAAUAAUACACUGGAUAUGGAUGUUAAAGUCUGUUAUAGCGUAAUAUACAUUUAAAUAUUACUAAAAUCUAUAGGUUUACUAUAACACAUAAAGACAUUAUUUCGUAUUAGGUGUCUCAUUGUUAUACUCUAUACGGGGACAGGAUAGAAUUUUCAGGUUGGAUCUACUUUUUUGCAGGAAAAAAGUUGAAAGAAUGUGAUACAGGAUAGAUUGUGUAUAUACAUG